AUGGCGCUUUCGUCGCCAUUGUUGGGACGAAAGUCCUACGUAAAUGGCUGGAAUCGGCCGGUACUGCGAGGAGUGCUGCACGGCCUGAUCGCCUUGCUGCUGGUGCCUGCAUUUUUGUUCUCCACGCUGGCAGUCUUUACCGGGCAUUGGCCGGAGCAGUGGUGGAGGUUCUCGGCACUCUUGGGAGCAAAGCUGCUGAGCUACUUCGCAAGCGCCGCCCUCCACCUUUACCCACAUCAGUCGGUUGCCUCCUUCAACUGCUGGCUUCGCGUGGAUUUGGUCUCCAUUUGCUUCGCUGUUUGGGCGCCGACAUCAGUAUUUCUCAGUGAUGUCAGGCUGUGGUGGCUGCAAUUCACGGUGGCUUGCGGUGUUGCAUUCCUCACCCAUGCGCUGAUCGAUUCCGAUUUGGCGCAUGAAUCAGAAGCUGCCCUACAGACCCUGGACCAGAAGCGCCAGAUCCGCACCGCCGUGAACUCCCUGUUUUUUGUCUGGUGCUUAUUAUUCACCGGCAUUGGAUACAAAUUCCAUGGCUUUUGGAUCAUAGGAGCUGCUUUCUACAGUCUGAGCUUGGUCAUUGCACCGCCUUUUUCGCGAAGAUAUCCUGCAAUGCGUUGGCAUAGAAGUGGGAUGAAUGGGUGGCACGAAGACUUCCAUGCAACUGUGGCCAUUGCCGAUGCGGCUUUUGUCCUGAUGGCAUACAGCUUUCUGGCGGAGGUGCCGCUGAACUGUGGCGACGGCGUGUCGCAUCCUGCAACUCGUGGUCUGCUAUGA